UGAAUGAACGAUUUAAUAACAAAUCGAUGACUGUAUGAGUUGUUUGUACUUUCUGGAAAUUUGGAAAUUCCAAUUCUACGAAGUGCGAUGUGCACUUAAAAAACAAAGAUUGAUUUAACCAAACGUGUGUGUAGACUAUAUCGUGAACAGAAUGAUGAUCAGUACAACGUUAGUUCCGGCUUUUUAUGGAAAUCUUCAGACUUUUGUCGACGAACAUUGCAUAUUUGUGAAUUUUGACGUCACAUAAGGAAAAUGUAGAAAGUCAUCCAAAAUGUGUAUCUAUAUGUGUACUAUUGUGAAAUGCUAGUCAACUAUUUGUGCCAUACAGCUCCCUCCUUUUUCCAGCAAGUGUCAUGCUAUAUAGAAAUAUCUGUUUAAUGUGUGUGAAUUACUUCUGAUAAUACUUACGUUGUGCAAUAUACCUUGUUUUGUUGUUAAACUGUUGCUUUGUACAAAAUGAAAAUGAAUGCCAAAGAAAGGUCAGCAUUACGCCUGUGUACUUCGUCUAUCAUCGAGGACCUGGGUCCUAAGGACGUGGUCCACGUGCUGUUUCGGGAUGGAAAUAUUGAUAUCGAAGUGUUUGAAGAAAUCCUUGAACUAAAUGAGACCCGAAGAGCAAAAUGUAGACGCCUAAUGAGGUAUCUAAUUGAUCCGCAGUGCAAAUGCAGCUUUAAUGGGCUUAUCAGCGCGUUUACUCACGACGGUGCCUAUUCCUUUCUUGCCAAGCAGCUUAAAGAAUCUCUUACAAAAGUACAAGCUCAGGAAGAACUUCCAGUUCCUCAAUAUCCUCAUGUUGAAUGUCUUAAUGAUCUCUCUGACAAUAAUAUACCAACACGUACAGUUGAACCAAAGGACAGACGGCGUGACGAAGAUUGUGCCAACUACUUGAAUGUUGAACCGUCAACAGAUGAUCAAAAUCCGGGAAACUCAGUUGGACAAACAGCCCAUAUAGAGAGCCCAACACCUCUAUUUCAAAACAUACGACGAAUCAACGUGUAUACGGCCAAGCGUCGGAAGCUUGCGGCGCUGUCAGUUAAACUCAAGCGUCUGUCACAUGACGGCCAGUAUGACGCCUUCCAGAAAGUGGUAUCCGCCAUUAACACAAGCUACAGACGGAACAAGCUUAGCUUGAUGAAAUUAAUCGGGGACCGGAUGGGGCUGGCGGACAUGCGCUUUGCGUCCCUCGAAGCUGAAGUGAGCGCGCGGCGCGUGCGAUUCGAGGAGACGGACGGCUCGACCACCUUCCGGGAUAUGGAGGCCGUCAUCCCUUUUACCACGGAUCCCCGUUUAAGCAGCAUGACAUACUUGGCAAGAUACGGUUCUUCCAUUGCUAUGGAUACCGGGAACGCUCAGAGGCUUGACGACGGGUUAGCGUAUCUACAGUUCGCCAAAGAGCACGCUGAGUACGUGAGCCCGUGCAAGGAUACGGGUAUGGUGUACUACAUAGAGUCUAACCUUCUCCUGCAGAAAUAUGAGAAACAACCCACUGACCAAUUGAAAAACACGGUCUUAGAAACUAUUGAAAAGGGGAUCAGUCAAUUUAACGAGGAAUGCGAUGAGAUUAGGCGGGAUUACCAGAGGCAAUUGAUGUUGAAGAUGGCGUAUUGUUAUUUAGGGUUGGGUUUGUUUGGGAAAAGAAUUGUUGAAGGGCAGACUAGUGCUAGUGAUAAGGAUGCAGCGAGAAAAGUGAUGGAAUUCAUUGAGAGCGGCGAAGUAUGGGAAGGCAUGGAGAAGCGAAGAAAGAUGUUGUUUUACCACGCAAAGGCGGAGUACUACAGGCAGUUGAACAAUGUUGACAUUGCAAGGGUCCAUGCUAAGGAAGCUGAAAAGCUAGCGAGGGAGAAUAAGUGGACGAAGGAGCUGCCGAAUAUCAGUAAUUUGUUGGAUCAGCUUGACAAAUACAAUGAUGUCGACAUAAGAAACAAGGACUUGGAAGCCGUUGAAAACAUUCUUGCGGAAUAUCUGCCGGACUGUUUUAAUGAAUCUCAGGAUGAAAGCAUUGGAAACAACGAACUUGUAUGAUAUAUGAAUCUCAUUUUUAGGGUUUGGUAUUAAAGUAUAUAAUAUUGAUGUAUUUACAUGCGUUUUCUGUUAACCUGAUAAAAUAAUGUUUGCUUUACUAUGGAACAUUCACAUCAUAUUGUAUUAUUGGUGCUGUAACAUAUGUCAGUUUGUUAAGACAGUAUUUUUUUAAUUUUAAAUUAAGUUAUGUGAUUAAUUUAUGUGUUUAUUCAUUUGUUCGGAGCUCGUUCUUCAAAGUUUUACUUCCUACUGAGCGCCAGUCUAUACUCACAUGGCUGAUACAGGGGUGUGUGGUCAAAAGUUAAAUGUGGUACUUGAAAACUGUAUAAAAUAAAGCUUUACUUUCUCCUGGGCGCCAGUCCAUACUCCCAUGACUUAUAUAAGGCUUGUGGUCAAACUUUUGAUGUGGUGCUUGAAAACCAGACGACUGUUAUCACAUUGUAUUACACAGACUUGCAUGAAUAGUGUGACAAACUAUUUAUAUAUCUUUGUUUCAUAUGUAAGUGUGUAAUUUUACAAUACUUUUAUGAACUUUUAUAAAUAUACAUGUAUA